UCCUUUCUGACGUUUUCAGUUGUAUUUGUCGCUUGUGCUCUCGCGAUACUGUAGGUAAACGGGAGCCCGGGCGACCCGGGCUUCUGUGAAACAUGGCGGUCGGCUGGGACCGUAGCACAAGCAUGACUAUAUGAAAGAGGAAGAAGGUUUUCCUGAAGAUGAGGCGACUGAAUCGGAAGAAAACCUUGAAUUUGGUGAAAGAGUUGGAUGCCUUCCCAAAGGUCCCUGACAGCUAUGUGGAGACCUCAGCCAGCGGAGGUACAGUUUCUCUAAUAGCAUUUACCACUAUGGCUUUAUUAACCAUAAUGGAAUUUUCAGUAUAUCAGGAUACAUGGAUGAAGUAUGAGUAUGAAGUAGACAAGGAUUUUUCUAGCAAACUGAGAAUCAAUAUAGAUAUUACUGUUGCCAUGAAGUGUCAAUAUGUUGGAGCAGAUGUAUUGGAUUUAGCAGAAACAAUGGUUGCAUCUGCAGAUGGUCUAGUUUAUGAACCAGCAGUAUUUGAUCUUUCACCACAGCAAAAAGAGUGGCAGAGGGUGCUGCAGCUGAUUCAGAGCAGGCUGCAAGAAGAGCAUUCGCUUCAAGACGUGAUAUUUAAAAGUGCUUUUAAAAGUGCAUCAACAGCACUUCCACCAAGGGAAGAUGAUUCAGCACAGCCUCCAGAUGCUUGCAGAAUUCAUGGUCAUCUAUAUGUUAAUAAAGUAGCAGGGAAUUUUCACAUAACUGUGGGCAAGGCAAUUCCACAUCCCCGAGGUCAUGCACAUUUGGCAGCACUUGUCAGCCAUGACUCUUACAACUUUUCUCACAGAAUAGAUCAUUUGUCCUUUGGAGAGCUUGUUCCAGCAAUUAUUAAUCCUUUAGAUGGAACUGAAAAAAUUGCUGUAGAUCACAACCAGAUGUUCCAAUAUUUCAUUACAGUUGUGCCAACAAAACUACACACAUACAAGAUUUCAGCAGACACCCAUCAGUUUUCUGUGACAGAAAGGGAACGUGUCAUUAACCAUGCUGCAGGCAGCCACGGAGUCUCUGGAAUAUUUAUGAAAUAUGAUCUCAGCUCUCUGAUGGUGACAGUUACUGAGGAGCACAUGCCAUUCUGGCAGUUUUUUGUCAGACUCUGUGGUAUCAUUGGAGGAAUCUUUUCAACAACAGGCAUGUUACAUGGGAUUGGAAAAUUUAUAGUUGAAAUAAUUUACUGUCGCUUUAGACUUGGAUCCUACAAACCCGUCAAUUCUAUGCCCUUUGAGGAUGGCCACACAGACAACCACUUACCUCUUUUAGAAAAUAAUACACUUUAGCCCCUCCUGAGUGAAGGAGAAAAACUUUUUGCCUGAGACAUAAAACCUUUUUUAAUAAUAAGAUAUUGUGCAAUAUAUUCAAAGAAAAAGAAAAUAUGAAUGAGAAGCAGGAAUCACACCUAGAAAAAAGAAAGAAAAAAAACCCAAACUGAAAUCCUUUAUGUGUCGUGUCUGUUACAAAUGCCCUAGAAGAAAUCUCGCAGCUCAUGAGUGACUAAACCCACCGGGAGCGUUGCUUUGAAGACGACCCCUUCUGAUGUUCUCACAGCACGCAGGCAGUAUUGAAAUCAGACCUUGCUUCUUGGUGACAAACAGCCUGAAGGAAAGAGGCCAACCAUCUAAAGAAAAUUGCAUUGAUAAGUGCAAAUGUUUGCAUCCUUUUGUUUUUAAAAGAUAUGAUGUCGGAAUAAAAUAUGUAAAACAUAUUGAA